AUGCCCGUCGCUGUACCUGCGCGCUCGCCUCCUCGUCCUAGCCUGCCUCGCUCGUGCAAGAAACCAGUCGUUCAGGCGUCGCCUGGAAAGACGCCUGCCGUAACACCCGAAGUUCGUGAUAAACCUGUCAAGGCGACGAAGGGCCGUAGUCCUCAAAAGAAGGAGAAGUUGAAAGGUGGCAACGCUAGAGGAAAGGUAGAUGCUAGCCCUGCGAAAGGCGCCAAGGGCUUUGUAGCUUCUCUCACCUCAGGAACGCACAUAUCCACGACAGAUAGCUCCCACCGUCUAGCCUUCGCCCACCAGAGCGGCAACGCCGUGGACUCGAUCACUCAGUCGCUUCAACAGCUCCAACUCGAACUCAGAUCUCCAUUCACCGACAACCUCGCGCUUCCGAUCAUCGCCUAUCUCCUGAUGAUGAACAUCGACGAACAACGCGUCUGCGCUGACGAACUCGCGCGCAACGGAAUCAAAGUCUACGACUACGAAUACACAGUUGCCGCCAACCGUGCCCGUCCGCAAACUGCGAAGCGCGUCCGUGCCCGCAUCGCCGAAGCGGAAGACAUAAGGCGUAAGAUUGAGGAGGAUGAUCUCUGGCACCGCAACUACCUGGACGAGCAGCAGAAGGUUAAGCAGGGCCUUAUGAAGCGCAAGGACGCGAAGAUUCGUAAGCCGCCGCCAUUGAAGGGAAAGGCGAAGCCACUGCGUCGGGACGAGACUAUCGUCCAUAUUCCGCUCAGCGCUACGAUCGGCCAUACGCCGAUUCCGCCGUCUGAACCAACUAGGCUGCUGCAUGAAGAUAUGACCUUGAAUGCUAGGGCGUUUGCGGUCAAGAGCUGCCUCAGGAGGGCCAUGGUCAAUGCGGCACAGCGCCGAUGGUGGCGGGUCCCAGAUGGCAUUCCGUUCCCGCCUCAUGUGGAGUCCAUGACGCCGACCGAUGCUGGAGGCAUGCUCGGCGUCAUGAUGUGUUGCUUCUUCUUUGAGGUCCUCUGGAACACCCAUCGGAACGCAGAAGACGAAGACGAGAUGGACGGAUGCAGUGAGGCGGGCACGGAGACGUGA